CCUCAAGAGAAUGUGCCGCAACCAAUCGUUGCUGGAUUUACUUUAUCAUCAUGGCGGAUUCCUUCAACAGGCACAAUUCAGGAAAACUGGAAUUUGCCCUAGACGUUCCUUUCCCGUCAGCGAGAGAGGCUUCCAUAGCUCUUCAGUCUCUCUCCCCGGACCGUGAGCCCAGGAAAGGUGGUAUUAGCAAGCAGCUUGAAGUGUCUGAAAGCACGCUAUCUGUGAGGUGGACUGCAGACGAGGCCCGUAUACUGCGUGUGUCUGUGGGGUCAUUUCUGGACCACCUGUCUCUUGUUAUAGAAACCAUGGACGCCUUUGGACCCCCAGUUUUACAGUGACCUCACUUGAGAACGACAACAUACUAACUGAACUGGAAUAGGGGAGAGGCGACUAUACAGCCACAGAACUGGAAUAGGGGAUAUGUAUCUACCCUCUUUACGGUGCAACAGAGGCUGGUCACACCAGAAAAGAAGGAUGCGGUUCGAGAAAUGUCCUUUCACUUCCUCUUUAAUAAAGAGGUUGGAACUAAAGGGAGAUUGUAAUACUCAUAAUUUGGCAUGGGAGUCAAGCCAUGUACAAUGACAGAUUUGUUGUCUUAUCAAUUGGUGUGAACUAUUGAAUAAACUUUUUGUAUUUGUAUAAGGUUGUAAAGUUGAUUUGU